CGAUGUGGUGAGGCGUCGGCGUCACGACGCAGGUUGGCCAGGUGAUGACGAAUGGCCCACCCUCCCCUUUCCCGUAGUAGCGGCGGCCAGAGCGGGCGUUCGGCAGGAUGGUUCUUAUCAAGGAAUUUCGAGUAGUCCUUCCAAUCUCUGUGGAAGAGUACCAGGUGGGGCAGCUAUUUUCUGUGGCAGAGGCAAGUAAGAACGAGACUGGCGGCGGCGAAGGAGUUGAGGUGUUAAAAAAUGAACCGUACGAGAAAGAUGGCGAGAAGGGACAGUAUACACACAAGAUCUACCACCUUCAGCGCAAAGUACCAAAGUUUGUGCAGAUAUUAGCCCCCGAGGGAGCCCUGAAUGUCCACGAGAAGGCCUGGAACGCAUAUCCGUACUGCAGAACUGUCAUCACGAACGAAUACAUGAAGGAUGAUUUCCUGCUCAAAAUCGAAACUUGGCACAAACCUGACCUGGGCAAUACAGAAAAUGUACACUGCCUGGAACCCAAUACGUGGAAAAACGUGGAGGUAGUUCAUAUAGAUAUCGCAGACCGGGACCAGAUCGGUGCUCGGGAUUACAAACCAGAGGAAGAUCCAGCAAUAUUCAAAUCCGUCAAGACGGGUCGAGGCCUCCUGGAUGCUAAUUGGAAGAAAAACCUGCCGAAGAGGAAAGAUUGGCCGCACAUGUGUGCGUACAAGCUGGUGACCGUGAAGUUCAAGUGGUGGGGUCUGCAGAAUAAAGUGGAGAACUUCAUCCAGAAGCAGGAACGGCGACUGUUCACAAUCUUCCACCGGCAGCUGUUCUGCUGGAUAGAUCGGUGGAUUGAGCUGACAAUGGACGAUAUCCGGCGGAUGGAGGAAGAGACCAAGAAGGAGCUCGAGGAGAUGAUCCAGAACGGACCUGUGAGAGGACUGACAGCCACUGAUGAAUAGUGCCGGACUGCUGUUCAUGCACUGACGAGAUUGUGUCCGAGGCUCUCACACUCCAGCGGUGAAGGACUUCCUGCCUCUGAGUAACCCCCUCCCCCUCCUCCUACUUCCCCCCGCCCCCUCCCCACCUCUCCAUCACAGAAUGAUAUUU